AUGAUACCAUGGAGUAUAUUCUUGCUUCAUUCACUGCUGUCCUCUUUGCAAGGAUCUUAUUGCAAGCUUUCUCUUUUGAGAAGAAAUUCAAGAAAUGACUUUAAUGCAACUCGACAGAAAAGAGAUCUUGUAACAGCUGAGAUUCAAGCUUCCUCUCCUCGGUCACGCCUUCAUGGGGCCUUGACAUGGAGUCCUCCAGGAGGUUCAUGUCCACAGGAGUGCCUUAAUGGAGCAGCCUGCACAGAGGCAGGUGACUGUGACUGUCAGUUAUUUCAGGCUCAAGGAAGCAGGUGCCAAAUUGUACCUAACACUGGUAAGGACCGAGAUGGGAUUUGCAAAUCAUGGGGACAGUAUCAUUUUGAAACAUUCGAUGGCAUCUACUACUACUUCCCAGGAAAUUGCUCCUAUAUUUUUGCAAAAGACUGCAGUACUCCAGAACCCCAGUACACUGUUUGGGUUCAUAACAGCCCUCACUGUUACGGUUCAGUAUAUACUUGUCAGAGGUCCAUCAGCUUAUUUGUUUCAAAUCAAGAAGAAAUAAUUAUUUUAGGACAUGAAGUGAGGAAAGAUGGAAUCAGAUUAGUGUUACCUCAGACAAUUGGAAAUGCCUUCUUUGAGAGACUGGCUGGCUAUAUUCUGGUGAAGACCACUUUUGGUUUUUCUCUUGCUUGGGAUGGAAACUCUGGUAUUUAUAUUAAGCUGACAGAAGAUCAUAAGGGAAAACCUUGUGGCCUCUGUGGAGAUUUUAAUGGCAAUAAACAUGAUGACCUGAAACUGCAAAACAGUGAAUAUACAGAAGACAUUGCUGAAUUUGCAAAUAGCUGGGCUGUGCAAACUACAGAUGAUGUAGCUUGUGUACCUACUGCCUCAGAUUUUUCCAGUCCUUGCUCAGCUGAUGCAGAAUCCAUUGAGGACAUAUUCUUCAAAUGCCAAAUAUUUCUACAGUUUCCUUUCCUCAGCUGUCAUGAAAGCAUAGAUCCGUAUUCUUAUAUUUCUAGCUGCAUGAAUGAUCUUUGCAGAAUGGAUGAUGAUGAAACAUACUGCAGGGCGGUGACAGAGUAUGCUAGAGCAUGCUCUCACGCUGGGUCCCCUGUGCAGGACUGGAGGGAUGACUUUCCUGCCUGUACUGAGAAGUGUGAAGACAGCUUUGUACACCGUGAUUGUAUCAGUUGUUGUCCACCAACCUGCACAUUUGAAAAAGAUUGUCUUGGCAGCAACCUACACUGCUUAGAUGGCUGUUACUGUCCAGAUGGUCUCAUUAUGGAAAAUGGAACUUGUAUCUCUGUGUCGAAUUGUCCUUGUAUUUAUCACGGAACUGCCUUCCCUGUAGGCUCAAAAAUUGAACAAGAGUGUAGCAACUGUAUUUGUAUUGGUGGCAUUUGGAACUGCACUGAUCAUGAUUGCCCAGCUGAGUGCUCCAUCACAGGUAGCUCUCAUUUCACAACAUUUGAUGGACGUCAUUUUACCUUUCUUGGGAUUUGCCAGUACAUUUUAGUAAAAGGUACUGGGAAAACCAAAUUCACAAUCACUUUACAGAAAGCACCUUGUGGACAGAACUUUGACCAUGCCUGCAUUGAGUCUAUAACACUAGUCCUUGAAGAUGAUGUGAGCAAACAAGUAACUCUCACGAGAUAUGGUCAAGUCCAAACUGGCCCUAACCAAGUUUUUAACCUUAAUGGGGUUAUUAAAGUUCAGAAUAUAUCUUCUUCGUUUUUUCAACUGAAAACUAGUUUUGGUUUGAAGAUACUGUUUGCUAAAGAUGGAGAGAGGAUCUAUGUUCAAGUUGAUGCUGGCUGGAAGAAAAGAACAUUAGGACUAUGUGGAACAUACAAUGGGAAUUUAAGAGAUGAUUUUCUUUCUCCAGCAGGCAUGAUAGAAGGGACCCCACAACUUCAUGCAAAUGCAUGGAAGGUUUCCUCAGCUUGUUCUAUGCCUAUCAACAUUCCUGUGGUUGAUCCCUGCAAUGUUAAUCAGCAAAAUGCUGGGUAUGCAUCUCACUGUGAUAUCAUCAAUCAAGAAGUUUUUGCUCCCUGUCAUGCCUACAUCAGUCCAGGAUUAUACUACCAGCAAUGCCGCUUCGAUGCGUGCAAAUGUGGGAGCAGCUGUUUGUGUAAUGCUUUGGCACACUACGCUUACGUGUGUAGCAAGCACGGGGUUGUCAUUGACUUCAGAUCUCAUAUUUCUUACUGUGCUGUGAUGUGUCACAGUGGUAUGCUUUAUCAUCAGUGCUCUUCUUUUUGUAAACAUUCCUGUGCUUCACUUUCUAUGGCAAAUAUCUGUGGUGAUGACUGUGCAGAAGGAUGUAAUUGUCCUGACGGAAAAUAUUUUGAAGAGUCGGUCAACUUUUGUGUGUCAAUAUCUGCCUGUCAUUGUCAUUACAAGGGCAAAGUUCUCCAGCCUGGAGAAACCCUCCCUACACCAACUGGCUCCUGUCAGUGUUUGAAUGGAACAGUGAAAUGUACUGAAGCCGCUACAGAAAAUACAGUUCACAUAUGCCCCGAAGGAAAAAUCUACUAUGACUGCAGAUCUCCUGUGCCUGGAUUACCAGCAGCGGGUGUGAAUUGUGGGAUCUCUUGUGCGAACCUUGCCAUGAACUUCUCCUGUGUCCCCUCACCACCCUGUGGAAGUGGUUGCAUUUGCCCCCCUGGGAUGGCUGAGCAUAGAGGGAAAUGUUAUAUUCCUGACAGUUGUCCAUGCACCUGGAAAGACAGGGAAUUUCUGUCAGGAGAAGUGAUAGCUACACCAUGUUACACCUGUGUUUGUCGGAGAGGAAUAUUCAACUGCACCAGUUACCCCUGUCCUGCUGUAUGCACUCUUUAUGGAGAUCGACAUUAUCAUACCUUUGAUGGAUUGGAAUAUGAUUAUAUCAGUGACUGCCAAGCUUACCUGCUAAAG